AUGGCGGCGCCCGUGCUGCGGGUGUCGGUGCCGCGCUGGGAGCGGGCGGCCCGGUGCGCCGUGUGCGCCGCCGGCAUCCUGCUCUCCCUGUACGCCUACCACGUGGAGCGCGAGAAGGAGCGGGACCCCGAGGCGCGGGCCCUCUGCGACCUGGGGCCCUGGGUGCGCUGCUCCGCCGCCCUCUCCUCCAGAUGGGGUCGAGGAUUUGGUCUUUUGGGGUCCAUCUUCGGAAAGGACAGUGCAAUAAACCAACCAAACAGUGUUUUUGGACUUAUAUUUUAUAUACUACAGCUGUUACUUGGCAUGACAGCCAGUGCAGUUGCAGCUUUAAUCCUCAUGACCUCCUCGAUAGUGUCUGUGAUAGGGUCCCUGUACCUGGCGUACAUUCUGUACUUUGUGCUGAAGGAAUUUUGCAUUCUUUGUUUUUUCACAUAUAUGCUGAACUUCUUUCUCCUUAUCAUCAACUACAAACGACUCGUUUACUUGAAUGAAGCCUGGAAACGGCAGCUGCAGCCUAAACAGGACUGAUCCAGCCUGGAGAGCUCUCAACGGACCGUCUGGAGACCCUUUGUCCAUUCAGUUUAUUUUGCAGUAAUUUUUUUUUAUUCUUCAUAUCAGACACUUUUCCCUAAGAAUCUUAAACUGAUUUUUAAAAAAAAAAAUCCUGUUAAUUAGAAGGGGCCCUAUCUAUUUUCUGUGUCAAUCUUCCGUUUGACUAUGGAUACAAAAGAGGAUACUCCGAGCCAAUCAAAGACAAGCUUUAACUUUCCUUUGAAGAUGUUUCUGAAAUAACAAAGUAUAGUUUUUUCUCCCCAAUCCCCAAUUGUCAAGUGAAGCAACAGUUGCUAGUAAUUCUCUUACAUGUAUAAAUUCAGUUUCAGGUAUUAAAAAUGUGAUCAUGACAUGAAAAUAUUUUAGAAUAGAUACUGUAUUAAAUAUUGCCAUGUUUACAGUAUGUAAUACAUUUUUAGCCGAUGGAUUGAAACAUGUAGAUUCAACUAGAAUCCAUUUAUGUGAUAUUGUCAAUAAAGGUAGAAAUAUUGGAUCCAUCCCUGCAGAGCUUACUCUACAGUUUAGUUUAAAGUGUAGCAAUGAAGAAUUUUCAGCUCGUAGUUGACUAAUAGUGGAAGGAGUCAGGAAGCCCCUCCGGGUGGGUAGCAUCUCAACAAAAGCACUAGUAGCCGUGGCUGCCAGACUAACCAGCCUCACGGACCCUCAGGGUGUUGGUCCACUUCCCUGCACCUCUUCUCUGAGGAAGAAACUGAAGUUGAAAGAAGGCCCCAGUCAAGUUUAUGUGAAGUCAUGAAAUGGGACUGACUGUUACUGACACAGGAUGAGUGACCAGACCUGGCCAUGAGGAAGGUGUCUCUGGGCGGGGAAGGAUGGGAAAAGGGGGGUGGGGUUGGUGAUAUUAGCUUAAGGGUCCUUAAGGGCUUCAUUUCUUCCAACAGUUGAGUUUUCCUGCAGACAUUUUUCAUUUGAAUUGGUGCCAGACAGCCAAGCAGUGUUAUGACUCAUUGGUAAUAGGUGUGUCAGUAAGCCCAAGGACUGCAAAGGAGGAUUGAGGUCCUGUGUAGCUCCAGAGGGAUUUUCCGAGUGGAUGAGUUCUGCACUAACUAAAGAGACAUAGGAUGAUCUGGUUUAGAAUCUCUGAUUUGUACUGUAUUUAGAAGUGAACUUUAGGCCUGACACCCUGCACUUCUCACAAGAGAUUCAGUCUGCUUAGAAGGGAAAAGAAAGUUUUGUAGGUACUGAAGGGAGGGAGGCUCCAGGAGCGCUGGCAUGGCAACCUUUCUAAGAGCCAUUGAAAGUGUAGGGUGAAGAAGUUUUUAAAAAGCUGAUCUGAAUAAAUCCAAUGGAAAUUGUGACAGUGUGUUUCUAUGGUCAACAUCCUAAAACAGAAUAUUAAAAGUGCCUUCUGUCUUCAAUCCUUAAACCAAAUAUUUUGUGUGUUGAACUCAGCAGGCAGAAAAGUGUCCUUGUUUUUUUUUUUUCCCCCCCCCCCCCCCACGUGAAUGGAAUAGAAAAACUCUAAGUCUCUAGAAAAGCACCGCAUGUGGUCAUUCUGGUCCUUCAGCUGAGUAGUAGCAAUAGCAUUGGUUCCAGUUCUAUUAGCCAUCGUGUCCAAGUGUAGCUGACCGGACUUGAGGAAUUAACAAAUGAAGCUGGAGGGCAGAGCAGGCUUAGAAGGUCAAAAUCUGCAGAGUCGGCAACAGUGGGGUAAUUUUUGUCAGCUAAAAUCUCUCAGUUCAUGAAAUCAGUAGCGUUUUGUGCCCUCCAAACAGGUAUAUUAGGGAUCUGGAUGUAUACUCUAAGCUACAAACCAAUUUAUUUAAAAAUGGCGUAAUCCAUUUGGAACAAAAACUUCCUUUUCCUGUGAAUGUGAAUGUUUAAAGAACAAAUUUCUUCUCUGAAUUUCUUGUACUCUAAUGGUUUAAGAACACUAGGAGAAUGAUGAUGCUUGAACAUCAAUGAUCUUUUUGGAGGAGAGUAUUGAUAUAUUUGUGAAAAAUAGUUUCAGUUUUGCUAAGGCAAUACAGUGAAAUUCCCUUUUCUAAGAUUUGGGAGGAGACGGGCUAAUGAUUAAGAGCGCUGUGGUGAAAUUCCAUCAGUUCAAAAGCACUCCAAACGUUCCUGUCCCAACUGGAGACCGUUUCCCACCACAUUUUGUGUGAACCAUUGGUGUACACUUCAAACUUCUCUUGCUGUUCAGGUCUCUCUCAGACAGCUUGAACUUUGACGAGAGGACACGAGUCUAACAUUCAACUGGGACCCUUCUGGCUUUCCUUUCUUUUCCUCUCAUAAGCCUUAGGGGAAACACCACUGGUUAAGAUAUUGUAUAGAAGUUAUUUUAAUACAUUCCUGUGACUAGUAGACUUAGAAAAGAGAUGAAUAUGUGCUGCUUGAUGUACAAGCUUAUCAUUCAUUGUAAACUGUCUCUGUAAGCACCAGGACUCAUAGUAAGAAUAUUGAUUUCAUGAUUUUUUUUGCUCUUGAUUGACCCUGCCCUGCACCCCCCCCCCCCCCAUAAAAGCCACCAUAUUUGUCAAAUGUAAAUGUUGAUGUAGACUGGAAAAGCAUUUUGGAUUGGAUGUUUUGUUUUAGCCUGUUAACUUGAUUUGCCAACAUCUUUGAAGAAUGGGUUAGGGAAAAGAUAAUUUUAAAAACUCCUAGCUUUUUUUUUUUUUAAGCAGGGUCUUUUGUAUUUCAUGUCAUUGGUGAAUUGACUCAGAACAAAUGAAGAUCUCUUAACAUGCUUUUUGUAAGUCUUGAAUGUAAUUUGAUAAAAUAGUUAAAUGUGGUGGGAUUAUAAAUUCUAGGGGGUCUGGGGGAGGUUUGGGAUUGUUUUUUUUUUCUUUCCCCUUUCUGUUUUUGUCGUCUGAUGUCGUUUGAGGUGAAAACUUUUUCUCUUCUGGUGAAAUAGCUCAGGGUUAACCAGUUGUGUGCCAGGAAUUGUACUUGUAUUUCAUGCAACUUCUCAUUAAAUCCGUUACUACUAAGAGUCCCAAAGUGUGUGGACUUGACUAUUUUCAGACAGAAGAGCAAAAAAUUAAUAAAAAAUUGGCUGCCAGAAAUCUUAGGGUUUCGUGGGUUACAGACACAUAGGAUAAGGCAGAGAGGUAGAAAAUGACGAAGACUAAACCCUGACCGGCUUCAGCUCUCAUGGUUUUAUGUCGCCAUGGACGAGCAGAAAGCAUCAAGAGUCUUCAUUUCUUGUAGAAUCUGGAAUCUGUGCUACUUGCUUGUGAUGGCAUUGGAAAGUUUUGGAGGAAAUUCUCAGACUGACAGUUAUUAUUGGCUGGACAAGUUCAGCUGAAGAUCAGUGUUAGACCAAUACCACAGAUUUAAAGGGGACAAACACUUUCCCUCCUCCCACCUUUGAUGCCUCUUUGAAGGAACAACUCGCAUCUGAAAGGGGCAACGUGAACACCGACCUCCCUUGACCAUCAGAACUGUCCCGUCUCGAUGCUUCAGCCAGCCAUAGGGGCUUUGAACUUUGGUGGACUAAACCUCAAUAAAUCAUCUGAUAAACCGUGACUCUGGUUUGGCCAACCUUGUUUAAUUAAACGUGAUCUUUACAUUAGUUCAGAGAAGGUGGAAUGUUCCAUUUCUGUAAAACUGGCUUAAAGCAUGGCCUUAGUAUUCGUCACGGGUCGAUCUGUGUAGUGCAUUCCAUCGGAAAUAUUUAUUACUACUGCUUUAAUCUCCAAAGUAAACAUUCAUUUAAAGCAGAGGCACCAGGCAAAUAUUCCUCUGAACAACAUUGAUAGAUAUAUUCUGUGAAAGACAUGUGGGACACAAUUUUUCUAACUGGUAGAAAAAAGACAAUAACCCUGUAAAUAUGUAAGAAUGCUUAUUUGUUGCACAUAACUUUUUGGUAUAAAAUAAAUGUCAACAUUUCCUGUGGAA